AUGAAAAAUAUAAUUUUUGGAUUUAAUUAUAUUUCUAUUCCAUUUCAAAGAAUUCAAAAAUUGUAAUAUAAAUUCUGCUUGAGUAAUUAAGAUGUCAGGUAAAAUAUAAAUAAAUUGAUUGAACUGAAUGAAUAGCAAUUAAAUUCAAUAAAUUAAAUAGAGAAAGAAACUUUGUCUUUAUAAAUAGCAACAAUCGAAAAUGAGUUAGAGUAAUACUUAUAAUCAUUCUAAAAACAUUAGAAGUAAAAUUUUCUAUUAUAUAUAUAUUAGAUAGCCAUACUAUUUAUUUAGAAAAAACCUUGUAUAAUUGGCAUUUUAUACUUAUUACAAUAGUAAAUUUGAUUUGUGCUAAUAAUAUAUUUCUUAUGCAACCGUUGGUGAUUAUGAAAAUACAUAUUAAGGUGAAUUGAUGAAAUAGUUAUUUCUAGCUGAAUUGUCAGGUAUUCAAUUUAGAAUUAAUUAUCAAAAUUAAGAAUUAGAAUUGGCAGAAAAAUCAUUAGCUCAUUGGAAAAAUAUUAUAGAAAAUCAUUCUAAUUUUUAUAAAGAAAUGAAUAAUAACCAAAAAUUUGAUAUAAUUGAAUUUUUUGAGAAUAUGGAAAAUGUUCAUUUUCAUUAGUACAUAGAGACUUUAGUAGUUGUUGGUUAAUUAUAGUAUGUUAAAGGAUUAUUUACAUAAUCUAUUUCUAAAUUUGAGUAAGUGAAAGUAUUGAUUUAAUCAAUUCUUAAAUUUAUAAAUUAGGAGGAUGAAUAGGAAAAGAAAUUAAGUUUAGAUAACAAGAGUUAUAAAGAUUUUUACAUUAAUUAAUUAAAGAGGUUGCUCUCUAAAUCAUAUAUACAUUAAAUUAGAUUAGCAAUUCUAAUGAAUGAUUUGGUUAAAGCCAAAUAAUUAUACGAUUAGGGAAUUGCAUUGUAAAAUCUAAAAUUUUAAGCUAUUUAAUUGGAGAUCUUAAAUUUUGAUAUUUAAUUUUAUUUGGGAAAUUCGGAUGAUGUGUUAGAAUUAAUUUAAUCUAAAGUAGAAUAAGAAAUGUCAAAUAUGGAAGAUAAACUUGAUACAAAAGAUAUUUUUAUUGACUAUUAUUCAUUCAGAAUUAAAUAUAAUUUAGAUAUGAAUAAUUCUGAAAUACAAUUAAAAUAUUUAUCAAAAAUUAAUUAGAAUAUAGAAAAAAUUAUUGAAAUUAAUCAUCAUAGCAUUUAAUAAUUGAUUUUAUAAGAAAAUUAUCUUGAUGCUUUAAUUAUCGCAAAUCAAUAAUACCAACUAUUAAAUAAACAUAAAUUAACAAAACAUUAUAUUUUUUAAUUGAGUUUAUAGUAUUUGUUUUUUAUAAUGGUUAAAUUGAAUAAAGUAGAGGAGCUUAAGGCAUUAAUUAAUUAAACUACAUUUGAUUCCUUAUAUAAUCCAGAAAUUUAUUAAUUAUAUCAUUUUUAUUAAUUAACUUUAUAAGUCUUGCUUCUAAGAGAUAAUGAUAAAGGAAUGAAUAUCCUUUCAGAAAUGAACACUAUUAAAUUUUAGAAUACAAUUUAAGAAUAUUUCAAACUCUAAAUUUUAGAAAUUUUUUAUAAUUAAAUGAAUAUGAAAGAGUAAUUAAUUGAAAAUUUAAGAGAAUAAAUGAAAUAUUUAAAUUAGAAUUAAAAGUUUAAUAAGGACUAGAUUGAAUAUGUCAAAUAGAAAAUAGAAAAUUUGAGUUUUUGA